UUAUUGAUGAACAAGCAAAUUGGAUUAAAAAGAUAUGAAGUGGAUGGAAGAAAAGUCCUUUUUUAUUUUGAUGAGAUUCCUAGCCAGUGCAUGACCUGUGUAAAGUUUCAAGCUUUCAGAGAGCAUAUAGUUGGGAAAACAGCUCCUGUUCCUAUCAAAGUGUACGAUUACUAUGAGCCAGCUUUUGAAGCAACACGUUUCUACAACGUGAGUGAAAACAGUCCCUUGGCUCGGGAGCUCUGUGAUGGGCCGACAUGCAAUGAGGUGGAAAGCUCAGCUAGCCAAUGGGUUGGCUUUGUUCACUCUGGGCCAUGCAAUAACAUUUUUGGCUGCUUGGAGGAUGAGUAUUUUGAGCAGUGCAUGUGUUCACGAGACUGUGGCUAUGAUGGGGAACCUGUAUGUGGAUCAGAUGGACAGAUUUACCCGAACCAUUGCCAGAUGGAAGUAGCAUCGUGCAGGAAUAAUACAAGGAUAGAACAGAUGCCCAUGUCUCAGUGUUCUGCCUCCAAGAAUUUGCCAGAAGAAAGGGAGACACACUCUCACACAGUUGAGCAACCCAGUGUUCAACAAACUCCAGCAGCAGAGGAAGGCCCUCCGCUACAGACAGAUCUGUCAUACUACUCCUACGAAUACGACCCAGACCCCUAUGCGUCAGAAGCUGACAUUUUUGAGAUUGUGGCGGAACUGACAACAGCGAGCACAUUAAAAGACGUGGACAAGAUUCAGGAAGUAGUGACCACAGUAGAAUGAAAUAUAUAAUUUAAAUAAACAGAAGAGGCUCAGAAUCAACUCCUGUAUGAGUUUAUUCCUACAGACGACCUGCUGCAGAACAGAAACCGAAUGAUGACUACUUCCUGAUGCACUCAGAACUGUAGGCUUUGCUGCCCCAUGGGGGGGAUCUGGAGCGCUAAAGGGGACACUCAGCAUUAUUUUUCUGUCAGUUUUCCUGCCUUUUGUGCAUCCUCUUUGGAGUACUUCUAAGAAUGGGAGACCAAUGUGCUGUGCCCUCUAGAUGAGAAAAAUAGGGACUGGAAUUCAAACCUAUAGCCCAUUUCAAAGUGUUUUCUCUACUGUCAGGAUACUGCAAAUGCCAUUUCCUAGCUACAUUUAGAAGCUAAGUUCAGGCCUUGUGCUUAGCUGAACUGCUGUUUGAGGAAAGGUGGCUGAGAAGUUUUCUCUCAAAUUAUAGUAAUAAAAAUCUGUGUGUUUUGCUAAUUACGACCUAACAAGAGGCUAAUCGUCUUCCCCAGUCCAUAAGCCUACUGCACCCACA